CUGUAGAUAUUGCACAAUUUAUUAUUAUAAAACCUCCUCCUCCUGCGCAAUGGUGAUAAACAUUUUUAGCUGAAUUACAACGGUAUAAUCAUGAUGACGGAUAAAUCCGUACACCGGUAGAUCUUAUCUACACAUUGUGUUCCACCAAUGGAUACAUUCUGAACUAUGCAAUGUAGCAAUGAACACAUAUUAGCUCAUCAGUGUAACACGACAGUUGCGUCUCAGUUUAAUAAUAUCAAUAAGCGUGUCAGUAGUGCGAACGAUGACGGACGAAAAAGAUAAUGUUCCCGAUUACGUUCAACGUGUUUUGAAAACUGUGGCCCAAAAAACGAACAUCAAUGACUACAAGGUAAAAGUGAACGAGGGCAAUAAAAAGGGUGAAGGAUUUUUGGGACAGCUGAUGUUCAUCGAGAUCAGCGACAAUGAGUCCGAAAAGGUAGUCAACGUUGUCGUGAAAAAGGCAUUUUCCGAUGAGAAAAUCAGAGAGUUGGCGCCGAUUAGAAUCAGUUUUUUGAAUGAAGUGUACUUUUACGAACACAUACUACCGACAUUUCAAAAACUCGAGGAGGAAUAUAAAAUCAAAGUGCGAUUUGACCGUGUUCCGAAAUGUUUUAUGUCGUGCACCGAGGAGGCCCAGGAAUUGUUGGUGUUGGAAAACUUAAAAUCGUUGGGUUACGACGUGUUCGAUAAGAAGAAGGUCUUCACCAGGGAACACGUAAAUUUAAUAUUUAAGACCUACGGACACUACCACGCAUUAUCGUUUGCAUUAAAGAAAAAAUACCCGGAGAAGUUCAUGGAAAUUUCAAGUAAUUGUGAGGAUGUAUUCAAUCAGUUUAGCACAAGGCCACACUUUAAACAGUCCAUACAGGAAGCUAUUGGUAAAAUAGCAGAGUUGUUCGUUCCUGGAAAAGAAGACAAGUAUAUUGAAUCCUUUAAAAAAUACGUUGAAGGAGGAGCCGACAUAUUUUUGGAAAGUGUGAAUUACCGUGGAGACAAUACAGUUAUAUUUCAUGGCGAUUGUUGGAGUAAUAAUAUGAUGUUCAAAUAUGAUGAUGGUAAUGCUCUAUCCGACAUCAAAGUUAUAGACUGGCAACUGGUAAGAGCCGGAGCACCAAGCCACGACCUCACCUACUGCCUCUAUUCCGGAGCUACCAAGGAAAUCUUCGAUCAUUUAGAUGAUCUCUUGAAUAUCUACCAUCAGAGUCUCUCAGCGAAACUGGCGGAAUUCGGUGAAUCCUCCGACGAACUAUAUCCAAUGGAGGCCUUAAAAAAGGACUGGCAACACUCGGCUAAAUUUAGCAUGAUUUUCUCGUUCCUCAUAUGUAGAAUGAAGCUGACCGUUCAAGAGGACAUAAUUGAUCUUACAGAUGAUAUUGAUUUAACUGAAGACAAUCGGUUCUUCAAAACCAGGGUUGCCGAUUCCUAUAACCAAAGAAUGAAGGAUUUAGUCGCACAUAUUUAUGAAAUAGGUGCACUAUAAAUAUUAAUAAAGUGGGUUUAUGUUUUUAAAAGUAUUAAAGGAGAGGAGGAGGCAUUUUGAAAAAUAAAAAUAUAAAGAUAAUUUAGUGUAGAAAAUAAAUAUUUUUUGUAACUCACAACCUGUAUAUAAUGUUAGAAUCUUCUUUACGGAGAUAAUUUAUGAGCAACACUAGGUAGAUUAUAAUAAAAAAGUUUGUUUUAAAACAUUGUAAAACUCGGUUUUAUAAUGUUACACCUUAAGAGUGAUACUUCAAUUAAAUAAUAUUUUAUCAGUAA